UCUGAUCUUGAGCAAGUCCCAGUGGUUACCAGCCUACCCCCAGCUGUGGAUGGUCAUCUGAGGUGUUUUCUGCGAGUGUCUGUGCAAACAAUUCACUGGAGAAUACCAAAGUAUCCUGAUGACGUUCAAGUACGACUUAAAUGGUGGGGUGAAGAAGGGGAUGGUGUCUUGUUCAGGUGAUUACACACUAUUAUUUAAACUAUCAAAGUCUCUGUUCUGCCUACAGGUAAAAAGUGUAGAGUAUUAAUAUUUGCAUUUCAAACAGUACUAAAUUGAAUGACUGUAAUAAAUUUUUGUCCUUAUCAUUUAUGAUUUAUUAGGCCCAGAGAUGACAAAGCAACUGACCCAUCACAUGUUUCGAAAACAUUUACCUGUGUUCGCUAUGCUGUGUGUAGUGGUCCCAAACAAUUCAGCGCUUACUUAAAAGGUAUUUUAAAUCAGCUGAUGGGAUUUCAGAAAUGUCUAAAUAGUAACCUUCAAAGGUUUUGGUGGCAGGGGCUUUUUAUGAACCUGUCAAGAGAGAACAGCUUAAAAUGAUAUUUAAAACAGUAUUUCCUGUAAUAAGACUGUAGUGAGAAGUAAAUUUCUCUUUUAGACAUGGGAUCACUAAUAUUUGAUGUAGUUCAUGGUCCUUCACUGAUAUUGUUGGGACAUGUUCGACUGGCUGAUGUUACACAGCUUUCUGCAAGUGAUCCUAUCCAGGGGUAA